AGGUACUGACUCUUCUCGUGACCAAGCACUGUGACCAAGCACUGUGAACGAGUUUCCCUCCACCGUCGCACCGGCAACCAAUGAUCACCACACCAUUAUCAAUCACCAGCUGCUGGCUUGUUUUGUUUUUCUUUCUGUGCGGCCGCGAUUAUUUCCCCUUUCAUCCUGGCCAUGAUAAAUUUUCCCUCUUCUGGCCUCUGACUAAGCUAGCCGCUUCGAAAAAAACACUCGCCAUGGAUUCACCAUUUUCCAACGUAUACAAUCACGGUUUGAAGGACUUCAGCUGGAGUCAGAUACAUAAGAUUAACCAAAGUGUGGCAUUGUGUGUGUCUUCUCGAGAAGUGUGCAUGUGCGUGUUUUUUUUUCUGUUUGGUUUAAGAAAGUGGUGAUCAAUUGGCCAUUCGACUAUACAGCACAGGGAAACUAGGGACACAGGGACCUUGCCAUUGUGAUAGGAUUGCGGAUACCUUGGACG